GGGCUGCGGUGGGGGAGGUGAGCUGGCCGUGUCGGCGGCAGUGGCUACGGGGGUGGCGGGGGAGGCAGAAGCCGAGGAAGAGGAGGAGGAGGAGGAAAAGGAGGAGGAGGUGGAGCGAAAGAAAGUUCGCUCGGAGGAAGCGCGUAGCGCGAUCGGCAAGAUGGAGGAAAGUCAGCUGUUGAUGACGGAACUUCCGGCAUUAACGCCGAGCCGCGGCACGACGCUGUUGCAUCGGCCCGGUCACUUUUACCAUUUGCAUCAGCCGCACUUGGCGAUACCCAGUGCACAGAGCCAAACGAGCCAGGCGAUACUUCAUAACUCGUCGAGCGCCCCGCAUUACAAUAGCGGGGCGACCAGUUUGCCGGCCUACGUCCAAGGCAUCUCCUCGAGACAGCUGCCGCACGUACCGCGUAACGUCGCCUCGGCCAGCACCCAUAUAUCCUCCCUCUAUCCGGAGAUAUUGGCGUUGAUCUUCAGUUACUUGGAUGUUAGGGACAAGGGUAGGGCGGCACAGGUGUGCACCGCGUGGAGAGACGCCGCUUAUUACCGAUCGGUCUGGCGAGGGGUCGAGGCUAGGCUACACCUGAGGAAGCAGGCACCGGCGUUGUUCGCCAGCCUGGUCAGAAGAGGAGUCAAAAAGGUACAAGUGUUGUCCCUGAGGAGAGGCCUCAGCGACGUGUUGAAGGGCGUACCUAAUCUCGAGGCGCUGAACCUAUCCGGUUGCUACAACAUCACCGAUUCCGGCUUGACCAACGCCUUCUGCCAGGAGUAUCCGGCAUUGACCGAGCUCAAUCUUUCCCUCUGCAAGCAGGUGACCGACGCCUCCCUCGGCAGGAUAGCCCAAUACCUUAAGAAUCUCGAGCACUUGGAGUUGGGCGGUUGUUGCAACAUCACCAAUACCGGCCUGCUCCUUAUCGCGUGGGGUCUUAAGAGACUGAGAAGGCUCGAUCUGCGAAGCUGCUGGCACGUUUCCGACCAAGGUAUCGCCCAUUUGGCCGGACUCAACAGGGAAACGGCCGACGGGAACCUAGCGCUGGAACACCUGAGUCUCCAGGAUUGUCAGAGGCUCAGCGACGAGGCGCUCAGGCACGUAUCGAUCGGCUUGACCACUCUCAAGUCGAUAAAUCUUUCGUUCUGCGUGUGCAUCACCGAUUCCGGAGUGAAGCAUCUAGCGAGGAUGUCCAGCCUGCGCGAGCUCAACCUUAGAUCCUGCGACAACAUAUCCGACAUCGGUAUGGCCUACCUCGCCGAAGGUGGAAGCAGGAUAUCGUCCUUGGACGUGUCGUUCUGCGACAAGAUCGGCGACCAAGCCCUCGUACACGUUUCCCAGGGUCUCUUCAAUCUAAAAUCCCUAUCGUUAUCCGCUUGUCAGAUUAGCGACGAGGGUAUAUGCAAGAUCGCGAAGACUCUGCACGACCUAGAGACUUUGAAUAUCGGUCAGUGUAGUAGGUUGACGGACAAGGGACUUCAUACCAUCGCCGAGAGCAUGAAGCACCUCAAGUGCAUCGAUCUCUACGGAUGCACGAGGAUAACGACCAAUGGCCUGGAGAGGAUUAUGAAACUACCGCAGCUGAGUACCUUGAAUCUUGGUCUCUGGCACGUGCGGUGAUGGCUUUCUAUUGACACAUUGCCGCCCAGUAAAUUACCAAUACGCGAUUUACCGGCCGAACCUUGCCGACUAGGCGACGAGGAGGACGACGACGAAACGUAGCGUUCGUCCUUUACACUUUAUAUUCGUAACACCAUGCGUUCUUGACGCGAACGUUAUGAUCGAUGAUCGAUCGUUCCUCUUCGAUUCGACGAUCCUUUCGAAUCUUAGAGGCUCGGCUACUUCGAAACCAACUACUCGCGCUCUCUUGCUUUUCUCUUACCUAUUUAUCCAUCCAUUUUCCAUCUAUCUCUCUCUCUCUCUCUCUCUCUCUCUCUACCGGACGGCAAUGUGUUAUAAGAACGUUCGAGAUCCGUGGAACUCGCGGUGCUUGGCCUGGUUCUUUACCUAUAUAAAUCUUACCGAGGACGGAAAAGUCGUCAUCUACGGCAACGACCAUCAUCCCCGAUUUGCCGGAUCUCGAACGCGUUAGGCGAGUCGUCUCUCCCCCCCUCUCUCCUUCGUCUUAUAAUAAUAACACCUUUACCGUUUACUGCGACUUCCUUUAAACACGACCUAGACUCUCUUCCUAUGGAAAUAACAGACAAAUUUCUCGGGUUGCGCGGGUUCCGAAACGAAACCAACGAACGAAUGAACGACUCGGAAGAGAUCGGUUCUCUGAUCUUUUCUACCUGCUUGUAGAUCUUUUCUUUAUAUUAUUUUUUUUUUUUCUUUACUUUACUUUCCUUUUCCUUUCUUUCCUUUUCUUUUCUUUUCUUUUUCCUCUUCUUUGUUCGUUUCCUUUCCUCUCUCAUUCUUUUUUCUUUUCUUUUUUUUUCUUGCUUCCGCCGAUCCUCCUUGCCAAACUUCGAUAAGCCCCCUUGAAGAAGAAGAAGAAGAAGAAGAAGAAGAAGAAACCUAUUAUCGAUCGAUCGCCAUCACCGUACGUCGUACGAAUAUAUACGUAACUAGAUUUUAAUCUUUUUCUUUUUUCUUCUUUUUUUUUAUCUUCUCUUCUCUCUUUUUUUUUUACCCCUCUUAUACGUGUAUAUAUAUGGAUAUAUAUAUAUUUUUUUUCUAUGUAUUGUUUUUUACGUACACUUUUUCUUUUUUCUCUUUUCUCUUACAUUCUUUCAUUUUUAUUUUUCUUUUUUUUUUUGUUUUUUCGCUUCCUCCGUUUUGUUUCUUUUUUGUUUAUUUUUCUUUUUUUGUGUGUUUCUUCUUUUUUGUUUUUUUUUAUACCAUUGAUUCGGCAAUAAUUUUCAUUCGUCGAUACCGCCAAUAAAUUCGACCUCUCGGUCUUUUUCGGCCGAUUGGUGGAGGUUUGUUGCCUGGUAGAGAGAGAAAGAGAGACAGAGAGAGAGAGAGAGAGGAACAAAAAUCCGAGCACGUUAGGUUUUGCGUACUUUUAUAUAUAUAUAUAUAUGUGUGUGUGUGUAUGUGAGUAUGUAUAUAUUUUUUUUAUUUGUUACCUUUUUUUUCUCCUAUUUUUUCCCUCUUUCGUAACUCGAUCGUUAAAAAAAAAAAAACACACACACACACGCACGUCGAUGCAAAACAAAAAAAAAGGCGCUACGCAACGCGGUAAUGGUAAUCUGUCUUAUAAAAUUGCGGAGCUUUUUUCCUUCCUUUUUUUUUUCUUUUUUAUUUGUUGUUCCGUUGUCGUUGGUUUCUUCUUUUUUUUUCCUAUUUUUUUUUUCUCUCUUUUCUUUUUAUUCUGCCCUCGAACGAUUGACGAACGAGUCGCGAAACGCAGUCGAGUGAAAAAAAGUACGCAGGAAUUCGGUAAAAUAUUGAAUACCUCGAGAGUACACACUCGCGCACAUAUGCAUAUAUAUAUAUAUAUAAAAAUUGCAUUAUGCUCUUCUUCGUUUUUUAAAUAUCUAGAUUCGAAGUUUGUGGUCAUUGAUUAGUAAGCAGUACCUUAAUUAAAAGUCUAAUAUAACCUUCGUUGCGUCAGAACAGUUGCGAAAGAAAAUGAAUAACGACAGUCGGAUCAUAUAACGUCGUCUCGUUUUAUCUAUUAAAAAGAAAAAGGAAAGAAAAAAAUAUGGACGACCAAAAGAAGAAAUAGAAACACAAACUUUUCUAAAAGGCGAAUAUAGUUUUUAUAAUUCUACUUGCGAACUCGUUCGACACGCGCGUAGAGUUUGAAUCAUCGAUUAAAACGAACUUACUCUUUGAUAAUUUUUCUUUCGUCUGCUCCUUUUUUCUUUCUCUCUUUCCUUUCCGUUCGUUUACUUUUUUUUUUCUUUUUUGUCACAACACAAAUUAACAAUAAAUCACGCGUUUCGUUGGCGUUAUUAAAAGAAAGAAAGAAAGAAAAAGAAAUGAGAAGAAAAGGAAAGAAAAUAAGGGGCGAGUUCAUCCGACGAAAAAAUUUUUCCCUCUCGCUUAUCAAUUAAAUCCUUUCGAUCGGAGGAGGAGAGAGUGGGAGGGGAGGGGUGGGUCGAUGGGUAGAGAAAGAAGGAGGGAGAGGGACGAUGGCAAGAAUCAACUUGAUUCAUAUUAUAUUUAUCGGGUGAGAUUUAUUUUCAAUCGAUCGUUCUAAAAAAAGAAAAAAGAAAGAACAAAACAAAAAAAAAAGAGAAUUGAACAGUUUCCUAACUGGUAGAUUUAACCGUGAUGAAGGAGGACGAAGCGAUCGGAAAAAUUUGACAAAUUUUUCGUAGAAUAUAUAUAUAUAUAUACAUACAUAUAUCUACCUGCGUGUUUCCUCCGUAAUAUACCUGCGGUGUAAUACCUGAACGCGCGUGUAUAGGUACAUACGUGCGUGCGUGCGUAUAAGUAGUAAGUGUAAGUUCUCCACGAAAAGCAGGUUCUCUUCUCCCUCUUUUAGAGAAGUCCGGUGAUUAUAUUUCGCAUAGUGCACCAUCUCGAAAGGAGAUAAAGCAUAUGUCAGGUGGACAUUCCCCUGUUUUUAUGCGGACGUACGCUCGAUCGCGUAGCAACUCGUUAUUACGGCCGGCUGGUUGGCUGGGUAGCUGGCUGGUUGGUUGGUUGGUUGGUUGGUUGGUUGGUUGGUUGGUUGGUUGGAUGGAUGGAUGGAUAGCAGGCUGGUGGCUAGCUGGCAGGUUGGUUGGUUGGUUGGUUGGUUGGUUGGUUGGUUAGUUGGUUAGCUGGCUGGUUGGUUGGUACCCUGUGCAGUUCUGCAGAGUAGUAGUUCGGCGAACGGUGGGAGGAAUUUUGGAAGUGUCUGUACCAGAAUGUAUAGGCGGGGUAUUCAGGAGGAGGCCAGGAGCAGUGGGAUCGAAGGGCCAAAGCACAAACCUCUUCUCUCCUUUCCUCUCCUCUCCUCUCUUCUCUUCUCUUCUCUUCUCUUCUCUACCAGGCCUAACCAGCUCGAAAACCUGAAUUUCAACCGUCUACCUAGACCCGCUGACCUCCGAAUACGCCGAAACCCGAGAGAAAGAAAAUAGUCCCAACCAAACUCACUCAGAAUCUCUCUCUCUUUCUCUCUUUUGCUUUUUCUCUCUCAACCUCUCGACUUUGCCGUCGAAAAAAUAUUCACGUUAUAAAUUCCUCUUCUUCCUUUACUUCUUCUUCUUCUUCUACACACACACACACACACAUAUAUAUACACUUUUUACUUUUCUUCUCUUUUUCGUUCUUAGCUUUAAUUAUUCGUUCGUUUUCAUUUAAAUCGUAUCAAUACGUCGACGACGUUUCAUUAUUAUUCAUAAAAUAAUGUUCGAGUUCGAAUGUGAUAAUUCUUCUUCUUCCUUUUCCUUUUCUUCUUAUUCUUCAGCCUUUACUUAUUUAAACCUUCCUCGAUAUUCUUUAAAAUAUAUUUUAACUUCUAAUCGAUCAGUCAUCCCCUUACCUCCCACUCACCGCCUUACGUGUUCUCCAUCCCUCUCGUGCCUUUCCUCCUCUCCUUUUAACGUACUUUUAACUUCGUCAAGACAAUGAACGCAACUAAAAGACCUACUAUAUAGAAAGGUUUAAAGAAUUUGUUGAAAAAAAAUUUUCUUCGUACUUUCCUCCAACCACCUGGACAUAGUAGUAAAAUGGCAAUACGACCGGCUGUAUUUAGUGGUAAAUAGUGUUAGUAAGAUACAAGGUGGAAAACCAGUUCUCUCUCUAUCUCUCUUUCUUUCUCUCUCUCUCUCUCUCUCUUUCUCUCUUUCUCUCUUUCUCUCUAACUCGAAUCUCGAGCUCGUACUUUACACAGGACCGUACGUCGUGUAUAGACCGGGUAAUGAGUUUCAUUAACGAUUUCCAAAGGAAACGAUGGAAUUAUCAAAUUACUCGGAGUGUUUAGUUCUCUUUCGAAGGGAUACGAGGGUGGGUUGUAGAACGUAGGAAUAUGUAUACACGCACACACACAUAUAUAAAUAUAUAUAUGUAGAUACAUACGUGUAUAGAGAAAGAAUUGGACACACGCAUGCAUACAUGCAGGUGAAGGAAGAGAAGAAGAGGAGAAAGAGGAAGAGGAGGAGGAGGAGGAUCCUCUGGCGAGUACGAUCGACGAAGGCCGAACGAAGCCGAGGCAACCCCAAGCAUGUUGUGCUAAGGGAAUAUCGCGUAAGAGAAAAGGAGUAAAAGAGGAAAGGGAACCAAAGCAUAUAUAUAUAUAUAUAUAUACAUAUAUAUACAUAUGUAUGUAUAUGUACGAAUAUGUACGUAGGUACAGAGAAAGGGUGUAUCUAUCUAUGUAUAUAUAUGUAUAUAUAUAUGUGUAUAUAUAUAUAUAUGCGUGUGCGAAUAAGAGAGAGAGAAAGGAAAGGAAAGGAAAGGAAAGGGGCCUUUCACACGGGUCUCUUCUCCCGCUACCCUAGGUUAGGUGCUAUUGUAAUCGAUUGGAGAUGCGGGACUUCCCUCGGCCUUCCCUCUCCCUUCUUCGACCCUUGACGGCUAUACGGAGACCCGUUACUCAUUGUCUGGCAACCCCCGUAGCUAACGUUGCUCGGCUACGAAGGCAUGUGCAUUGACGCAUCGUUGCGUGCACAUAUCGCAGUAGUAGACGUCGUAUAUGUGUUGCUCUGAUAGGAAUAAUACACGUUUUUAUACCUUAAGAUUCUUACCUUCGAUAUUCGUCAUCGACAAUAGUGGGGGAGACCUUUUUCGUUGUUCGUUCGUUCGUUCGUUCGUUUCUUUCUUUUUUUUUUUUUCUUUCUUGAGUUCUUCUUCGUUUGCUAUAAAGGCUUCGAGCCUUACCUUUCAUCGAAAUUAUUGAUCUUUGAAAUCGAUUAUCAAUGGGGACAGGUUUGUUCGAUAUCUACGAGUAACACGAUUUUUUUUUAUAAUUUUAUUUUGAAUCGGUAUUAUUAAUGCGGUUUUUAUUCGAGCUAAUUCUUUUUUUUUUUUUUCUUAUUCCGUUUAAUUCGGAUUUAUUGCGAUAUCUUUUUAUACGAGGGAACGACGACUUAUUUUUUCGAAUUUGAUACUUUGUGGUUUCUUUCUAUUUUUUUUUUUUCUCCAAUAACGAUCCUUACUUCCCUUAAGAAAGACUAGAAAAGCUCUUGCCUUCCCAUAAAUUUCGUUUCUUCCAAUGUUUUUAGCUCGGUUUUGAGAAAUAUUCCUUACUACGUAUGUAGGCGUCGCCACGAUCUUUUUUUUUUUUUUUCUAUGCUUUCUUUUCUUGCGUCCGACUAUUCACCAUCGAAGAAGAGCAUAACUUAACGAAAUGCCGACGUAAAAAAUACUUGAGUUGUCUUCACGAUGAUUAAUCUUUUGCAAUCGUGAAGAAAGCGACACGUACACAAACGCAUUUAAAAAGAUAUUGAUAGAACGUACGAAUUUAUUUGUGCUGUCUCGUUUACGAGAAAAAAAGAAAGAAAAAAAAGGAAGUGUAUGUAUACACACACACACACACAUACAUACUUAUAUGGAGGAGUGCAUAAGAGAUCGCAAAUUCACGGCGAGAAAGCGCAUUUUUUUGUGAUUCGAAGGUGCUAUUUUGUUCUACACAUACAUACUCGUUUCUAGUAAUGAAAUUACUAGUUCUUUUUCUCUCCUUUUCCGAUCUCUCUCUUUCUCUCUUUCUUUUGCCGCGUUACGUUUCACUAUAUUAUGAUACAAUAUAUUUUGUCUCACAUUUAUAUAUUUCUUUUUUUUUCUUUUUCUUGAAUUAUAUACGCUUAUACAUUGUUUAUCAAAGCGUAUUUUGGGAUUUACCAGAGAAGGUUUUUUUUUUCUUUUAUAUAUGUGUGUAUAUAUAUAUAUAUAUACACGUACGUAUUCUUUUUCCUUUUUAUACAAAUUUAAUAUAUUCGCUGUUUCUUUUUUUUGUCUGUUUUUUAUUCGUCACGUGUCUCCAGUCGACAAACUUCGUAACGAUCGUAAAAAGAGGAAGAGAAAGAGAGAAAGAGACAGAGGAGGGGGUAAAAUGCACAUGUGGUAGUAAAAAUUUUGCAAUAAAUAAAUUAAGUUAACGCGGUUGAACGAUUAUUCCAAAGGACAAGCGUGCGAUUAUUUUCUUUUAUUUUUAUUAUUAUUAUUUUUAUUAUUAUUAUUAGUAUUAUUAUUAUUGUUAUUAUUAUUAUAUUGUUUAUAAUGUUACAAUUUUUUUUAUGUUAAAAUGAAUUUGCAAAUUUCGAAGAAAUUCUCCUUUUAUUAGGAGGAAUGUAUGAUACGUUUGCAUUAUUAUUAAAUUGUAUCUAUAAUUGUAAAAUGAAGAUAAAUAGUGUCAUGUGCUAUUGUUACGAUAUAACAUAUAUAUAUUAUACAUAUUUAUAAUAUAUUAUAUAUAUAUGUAUAUGUAUAUAUAUCACAAUUUAACAUAACAUCUAAUUUAAAGUUAUAGAUACAAUUUUGUAAUAAAAAUAUAUAUAUAUAUAUUAUUAUUAUCUACGUUAGAUCUUUCUUAGAGACGUUUUUGUUCUUUUGUACGAUGGAAAAGGAAAAAAUGAAAGAAGAAAAUUAUAUGUACGUCUCAUCGCAGAUGUCGUAGAAACAAAAUACGAAAAGAAAAGGAAAAGCCGAGAACAAAUUAUAAUAAUAAUAUUAAUAAUAAUUAUAAUUAUAUAAAUUAAACUAAUAUAAUAAUAAUAAUAAUAAUAAUAAUAAUAAUAAUAAUAAUAAUACAAAAUAAUAGUAAUAAUAAUAAUAAUAGGAAUAAUAAUAAUAAUAUUAAUAAUAAUAAUAAUAACGACGAUACUCGUGCAACGAAACAAAUAUUUAAUUAGAAAAUUCGCCCGGUUUUCAUUCACUUCUUCCGUUUUCUCUUUUUCUUUUUCGGUUUAUUUAUUUUUUUUUUCUUUCUUUUCAUAUUUCAUUAAUUUUAAUUUCCAAUUUUUUAUUUUUCCUUUUCCUUUCUUUUUUUCGACGAUACUUUGACAGUCGAAUUCCGACGGACUAGACGCGUUAUUAAUUUCACGAUGCAACAUAUUUACGUGUGCGUACAUACACAUAUACUUCGACUUCUCGAUUUAUAAUUUUCUUUUUUGUUCUCUUAUUUUAUUUUAUUUUAUUUUAUUUUGUUUUAUAUUUUUUUUUUGUUUUCCUACGGUACUUUUCUUUUUUGUUUAUUAUUUCUUUUUUAUUUUUUAUUUCUCUUUUUGUUUUCUUUUGAUAUAUAUAUAUAUAUAUAUCAAAAAAAGAAAAAAAAAGAAAAGAACGGCGGCACAGUACUGAGAGGCUAUACCACAAUCUUAUCCUUUCUACGCUCAUAAUCCAAUAAGUCUUUUUGUUUAUUAAUAGAUAGUUCAAUUAGCAGGAUUUGCGAGAGAUACCAAAUGUUAGUUUUUAAGCAGUUUUCUAAGAGAUUACGUGUCAUAACGAUAAUAGGCCGAUCUAGAUGAACUUCAAUUAUACAUACGCAGCAGCACACCCCCUUCGCCCCGUGAAACACACCGUUUCUAUAUAUUUUUUAUUGCAAAUAUAAAUAUACAUAUGUACGUACAUACACUUUUACACAUUCAUCUACACACACAUACACAGAGAAUACGUACUUUUUUUUUGCAGAAGAAAACGAUGAAUGAUCGAACGAGUUUGGAACUUAAGAGUAACUGUUGAGUUUUAUAGUUGAAACUUGAAUACUUAUUAAUAUGUCCAAAAGUAAAUUCAAUAUUUUAACAGAUUUUUUUUUUUUUUUUUAUUAAAUAAAUAUAUAUAUAUAUUCCUGUAAGAAUUUUUUUAUAUUAACGAAACGAUUUAGUUUGGAGUUGUAUAAAAAAAAAGAAGAGAAGGAUAAAAUUACGACGAAUAGAAGAAGUAACAUCUCGCAUUUCUUUCCACGAAACAAAAUCAAUCGCGCUUCUUCUUGAAGUUAAAAGAGAAAAGGACUCGUCUUUUUUUAUUAUCUUUUUUCUUUCUUUUUCUUUUCUUUUUUAGUUAUUAUUGUUGCUAUUGUUGUUGUUCAGUCGCCUUAAUAAAACUAAUAAUAAUAAUAAUAACACUAAUAAUAAUAAUAAUAGUAAUAAUAAUAAUAAUAAUAAUAGUAAUAAUAGUAAUAAUAAUAAUAGUAAUAAUAAUUACCAAGAACUGUGAUUUUCACACGUUAAAAAAGACGCGGAUAGUGAAGUGUACGCGGUGGGACGACUUGUUCUUUGCGUUUUGUAUUAAAAAAACAAAAAAAAAACAAAAACGAAAAAAAAAACAAAAAAAAUAAUAGUAAUAAAUAAUAAUAAUAAUAAUAACAACAAAUAAAUAAAUAAUAAUAAUAAUAACUAAUAAUAAUAAUAAUAAACAAUAAUAAUAAAAAGAAAGGCGUAGUUCAUAAAAGUUUGUAUAUAAGUAUAUACAUAUAUGUAUUGUACAUAUAUAUAUAUAAUAUAUAUAUAUAUAUGUGUAUUACUAUUAUUUGUACAUUUAAAAAAAGAAAGCUAUAAGAGAGAUUUCUUUCCCGUUUGGGUACAUUUAGGUAAAUGGAGAUAUUCGUUUGAUCGCAUUCGCCACUCGUCCUCGGAUUUCGAUCAUUGAGAUAGCGACCAAUAGAUAAUAGAACAGCUGCGAACAUACGGAAACGCGAUAGGAUAUGAGAACGUUACCUUUGCGUUAGGCCAACGCCAAAGCCAUACUGGACUUUAUCUCUCUCUCUCUCUCUCUCUCUCUCUCUCUCUUUGUCUAUCUCUGUCUCUAUUUCUAUCUCUAUCUUUAUCUUUCUCUGUUAACGUGAUCCUUUCUCACUGGUUUCGUCUCCGAAGACGAUUGCCUCGUUUUAGUGAUUUGAAAUACGCGGGUUGAUAUCAAAGCUCUCUCUCUUUCUCUCUCUCUCUUUUUCUUGUUCCGUCGAUCUCUUUAUCUUUCACGAGUAUCACGAGUAUCACGAGAAUAAAUCAUAUUAUGCGCAAUUCUACGGGAGAAGGAACACUAUUAAAAAAACAUCUCUCGCUUAAUUAGUUAACUUCGAGCCGCAUGUGCCUUUCCAGAAAAAAAUAAUUUUUAAGAAUAAAAAUUGUAUCCUUGUCUCUCUAUCUAUUACGUAUCGUCUAUCUAUCAUCCGUUACGUCUAUUAGCCGUAUAUGACGGUGAUCAAUGAAAUUGAUCCAAAUCAUUUGUGAUGUAUUAAAAGAGACAUGCACGAAUGUCUACGUAUAUUUUAUCGCGCAUUCGGUAAUCCCUUGUUUAUAAACGUUUAAAUUACAUGAAAGAAUUAAAUUUUCUUUCUUUCUUUCUCUUUUUCUUCCUCUUCUCUUCUCUUCUCUUCUUUUUCUCUCUACGAUAGGAUUAUGUACAUUUCAUUUCUUUUUUUUUUAUCUUUAUCGCAUUCGUCGUUACGGAUAAAUCAUUUUUUAUAAAUAAUUCAAAAGCAAAUGUCCAAAAUAUCACGACGACAACGAAAAGAAAAAAUAAUUACAUAUACACACGUACACAUACAUAUAUUAUAUAUAUAUUAUAUAUGUAUAUAAUACAUACAUAUGACUUAGAUCACUUUCAUAAGUGUCACCGGCUCGUAUCUCUGCCACCAUUUUCUCCAUCUAUACUCUUCUCUUUCGUUUUUCUCUGUUUUGUUCUUUCUUUCUUUCUUUCUUUCUUUCUAUCUAUCUAUCUAUCUAUCUAUCUAUCUAUCUAUCGCUCUUUCAAUUAUUUUUCUUCAAAAGAUUAAAUCAAACGUCAACGAUGAUGUAGAAAGAAUUCUAUUGGUACGAUUCCAUCGUACGAACUUCGUCGUGUGUUUCGAAUCAAUCCGGUUUCACGAAGCGACCAAUAAGGGGACAGAAGGAGUUACACUAACUUAACAAAGCAACAGAAACCUUACGUAAUAUAGUUACUUGCACGAGAACGCGUUACGUUUUUACGUAGGGAAAUAGAAAAACUCUGUUGCGAAUACGAAUUUCGACAUAUAAUGCAAAAAUAAAGAUAUAUACCUCCCUUCUCCACCCACCGAUCACCUCAUCAAACUUAACCUAACCUAACCUAACCUAACCUAACCUAACCUAACCUAACCUAAUCUAAUCUCACCGUGCAACCCUUAGAUGUAGUUAGAAAGAAAAAAAAAGAAAACAGAGAAAACUAAAGAGCGCAGACGACGACUCGUCUUUUAAAUUAAGUUCCCUCGAAAUCUGCAAUCAAUCGAUCAAUCGAUCAAUCGAUCAAUCGUUUCGUUUCGAUAUUAUGUUUGAAAAACAUUGUAAAAUUCGAUUACGUUAUAAAUGUUAUCGUUACUAUGGAAAAAUCACUAUAUGAUAAAAUAUCCUUGCAUAUAUAUAUAUAUAUACCUAUGUAAAUAUAUAUAUAUAUACAAACACACAUACAUAUAAAAAAGAAAUGAAAACGAAUUUCUGAAAAAGAAAAAGAGAUAGAUGGAUAAAAAAAAAAAGAAAAGAAAUGUUUCGAAGUUAAUUAAAUUUUUCUUUUAGGAUCUCGGGCUUAAUUAAUAUAAGACGUAAAAUCUAUAGUGAUUUUUCUAAAUGUCCAAAUAUUUUCGUUGCUGAUUCGAUCUCUCGCUCUCUCUCUCUCUCUCUCCCUCUCUGUAUCUUUAUCUCUAUCUCUAUCUUUUUCUCUUUCAUUCUUUUAUUCUUUUUUCUCCCUUUCUCGAGGAUAGAGUUUAACCCGUUGGGAGAAUGCGAACAAGAGAAAGAGAAAGAAAGAUAGAGAGAGAGAAAGAAAGAGAUAGCCGAUCGUCUUUAUACUAGCGAGCAAAGAAGUUUGGACGAUUCUCUAAUCUCUAACAUACAUACACACAUACAUACACACAUACAUAUAUACAUACGUACAUACAUACAUACAUACAUACAUACAUACAUACAUACAUACAUACAUACAUACAUACAUACAUAUUCUUGCUUAGUUAUACGCUAAAUAAGCGUUUGUGCGCCCGUCUCGUCAUGCGUGGACGCAAACAUACACACACGAUACAUUCGGCUCGUACUAACUCGCUUUUACUGCGUCUCGUCCUCCUCAUGCUGUCUGAUUCGUGCGUGUGUGUAUGUGUGUACGUGCGUACAUAUAUUGUUUGUGCGAAAUGACCCCACUCGCACACAUACAUACAAUUACAUCAUGAAUAAACAGGCAUACACGUACGUACCUGCAUACAUGCAUACGUGCAUACACGCUAUUACAAAAAAAAACAGCACCAUACACGAAGGAUAAAUGUAGAAAGGCAGGUGUAUAAUACGUGCUGAGCGAGUUGGUGGCGUAGAGAGAGAGCGCGCGCGCGCGCCCUCCUCCCCUACUCCCCUUUCCCAUCCCCAAUAUUAUGUGAAAAUUCGAAACGGAAUUCGGCCUGUUGAUCACACUCCGUCUAUGAUAAACGCAUUGUAAUUACAUAUUGUAAAUAAUUCAACGACGAAUAUGUUAGAGAGAAACACACACAUGCGCAUUGUGUAAUUGUAAAUAUUAACAUGGAAAAAAGAUGUUUGUUAAAUAUAGAAUACGUUACGUUUUUCAAGAAAA